GAGAGGAAGCCUUCAGAAGAAGCUGACAUGGAUGAAGUUAUGGCAGCUGCAGUUUUGACCAGUCUCUCCACCAGUCCACUGGUGCGCAGUCCACCCUCCGGAACACACACAUUAGAUAACUGUAAAGUGUCAAAGGAGGGGCCAACUUUGUCAGCCAGCUAUGGCAGCAGCACUACCAGUGGGAAUUGGAGUUGGGACAUUCCGAGUGACCACUCCAACCCAUCCACACCAUCGCCACCAUUGCCAGCUGAUAGCUCCAAGCCAUUAUCUGGACAAUCAGAUGAUGGUAUUGAUGAACCAGAGGCAUCUCACUUCCUGUUUGAAGAGCCUGCUCCCAGAAAAAGAAAGAACUCCAUGAAGGUCAUGUUUAAAUGUUUGUGGAAGAAUUGUGGGAAAGUUCUGAGUACAUCAUCAGGGAUACAAAAGCAUGUUCGCACACUCCAUUUGGGGCAUAAUGGUGAUUCUGAUCACUGUGAUGGUGAAGAAGACUUCUACUACUCCGAGAUUGAUGUGGAUGUAGAUUCAUUAACUGAUGGAUUGAGUAGCCUCACACCAAUGUCUCCAACGACCACAAUGCCACCAGUUUUUCCUAAUGUGGAUUCUGGAUGUUCAGAUCCAGCUUUGGGAAAGUGUGAGGAGAAAUUAGUGACCCCUUUGAGCCAGUCUGCACCAACUAACUUGUAUCAUGUACGCACUGACCAUGCUUAUCAGGCUACAGCCCCGGUGAGCAUCCCUCUAUCAUCAAAAUUUAUGCCAAAUGGUACUGGGUUCAGCAUAUCAUUGCAGUCUCCACCUAUAAUUUUUAAAGGUUCACAGGAUCCUCUAGCACAAAUUCGUCCAAUCAAUAUUGUUGAGAAGCGACAGAUUUCCCACCCAUCCUUAAAGGUACAUACUUCUCUCGUGUCAUCCCCUAAACCAGGGACAGGAACAAGAAAGCCUAGAGGGGAAGGAAAGAAAUGCCGAAAGGUUUACGGAAUGGAGAACAGGGAUAUGUGGUGCACUGCCUGCCGCUGGAAGAAGGCCUGCCAGCGGUUUGUUGACUGAGAAAAUGGCACUUUUCUGAAUUUUGUACACUCUCUUAAGAUUUGACUGCACGCUGUUUCCUGAACAAUCAAUUGAAAUAAGAACGGGGCAAAGUAUUUUAUUAGCAGGGAAUGCUAAUUGCAUGAUUCUGUUUGAAUGACGCACUUGUAAUUAUGUGUGAAAGCAAUCAAAAAAGGUUAAUCUUUUUUUAAGUAGGGUGACUGUUUUGCAUUUUAAAGUUUUUCUUUGAACUUGCUGUGUUUUUAAUGGCACUUGAUCCAGCUGGCAGUUUUGCUGGGUUUUUUAAAAUAUUAAAUCUUUGGCAAUUUGAUGAAAUUCCUCAACGGCAGGCAUUUUGACUGCUAUCUUUGCACCCUCUUGUUUCAUUUAUUUUCCUCCCUUAAAAAUAAUCUUCAAUCUUGGAGAAGAAUUGACUCUUCAUUCCACUGCUGGACCAGGAGACUGGUAUUGUUUCAGGAAACACAUGCAGAUUUUAAAAUAAGUAAAGCAAAUUGAAUUUGUUUGCUGUACAGCUUUGCUUUUACUGCAUUUUUAAAAAAAUGUAAAUUUUACAGUUUUGGUUUUUGAUAGAAUAUGGAGGGGCGUGGGGAGUCUUUUAACCAAAUUUUAAUUGUUUUUACGGUGAAAAAACUUGUAUAUUGCUGUCCUGAAUUUUUUUAAAACUUUUUUUGUUAUAAAAUUUGAUAAGUAAUUUGGAACUAAAAUAGGGUCAGACCUGCCUGGAGAAUUCAGGAUGUGCCAAUGGGAAAGUCUCGUUGAAUUGAAUUAGGCUGUACUGCACAAUGAAUAAUUCUAGAAACACAUGGAGGUUGCCAAAGGUGCAACAUGUUGUAGUUGUGAGGAAGUACGUGAGGUGUAAAUAAUGUCUCUUCACUGUAAAAUAAGAUUUGUAGCAAUAGCUUUAGUUGAGUAUUUUGAAAAAGGAAAAAAACUGAUGAAAAUGGUUUUGUAUUUAUGAUCCAUUUUCACGAAUGUAUGACAACCAUCCUUUCACAGUGUUUAGUCCAUUCUUCAGUGCUGGUUGCUAUUACAAUUGUUUUUCUUUUAAGCUGUUGCAUAACUAUAUCUGCUCACCACUGCAUUUUAUUUUUGUUUUCUUGAUUGGUUACGGUUACUAACUGUGACCAACAGAGAAUGCUGCACCUUCUUUUAGUACCAGGAUAUUAAGCUAAAUCCAAUCCAGUUUACCACCAAUUAUAUCUCGGGGUCUUCAGGCAUAAGUUUCUGCCAAAUGUUGAACAGUGAAUAGAAAUGGCAGCUUAAAACUUUAGCAGUUUGAUGAAAUACAGGGUUUAAGAUUUCUUUCCAACCCAGAUAGUCACUGGCCAGUGAGUAAGUCACUUAUUGAAGGGUUUAAACAUGUUAUAGUGGAUGGCAGUUUAAUGAUGAAUAUUGCCAAAAAUGGUGUUUGAUUUCUGUACAAAGAAAAUAUUGCUUUGUAUACCAACAUUUUAAAAUGAUUCUAGUACUCAGAUAUGAAGUUAUUUUUAAAAGGUGUGUUGGCAUACUGACCCAUCCAUCAUCCCGACAGAAUCCAGCCCCAAUGAACCAUUUGUUUCUAUAGUUCGUGAAGAAAACCAGUCUAUUAUAUCAGUGUUCAUAUUGUAGUAUUUAGAGAUAACAUACCAAAGUAAGUCUCUCCAUGGGCAGUUUGAAUGCUGUAUUCUCAGGACUUAAAUGUUUAUAACAACUGUAAAUGGAAAAACAGAGACUCUAAUAUUUUAAUUAUAUACUGGAUUUUUUUUUGAUUAAAAAGGGCUUACCUGUAAAAUAGAUCUCGCAUAAGUAGCUCUAAACUGGUCUUUGACCACAACUGGUGACAUAAGCAAAUGAAUGUAAACUGUUAACUUUUGCAGCUUUCAUUACAUUAAUUCUUUGUGUGUGGAAAAAGAAUGAUUAAUGGUUAAUUUUCAUAUGUCAAUAUGCAAAGAAAACUUCAACCCACAACAAAGCUUGUUUUAUUGCCAAACUUAUUUGUAUUGCAUAAUUGUGGCAGUAAACAUUCCAAGAGAGAACUUUAUUUCUGCUUUGAAGACAACGUGUAUUACCAGCAGUUGUACCAACUUUGGUUUCAGAAAAUAAUCAUUGAACAGGUGAAGUAAUCAAUCCUUUUGGGGAAAAUGCACUUUUUGUAUGAAAAAUGUUAUGGAUGAUGUGUAUAGUGUGCUUUUUAUUAAUGUUGGAGGUGCAGCAUUUGUUUUCCAUACUGUCUUUCAGUGGGGAUGUAAAGUCCUCAUGAUUUUACAAAGGAACAGAAUUACUAAGUUAACCAGAAUGGGAAGGACCUCUUAUUUCUGUAGAUACACCUGUAAUGCUGUGUCAUGUCUUCCAUGAUCAGCAAUGCCUACUGCUGAGGUUUACGUGCCAAUGUAAUGCUGGGUUUCAUAUUUUUUUUUAAAAAUGCAAGAAAUAAAGAUCCUCAAAGCA